CUGUUGUAAGUAAACAAUAGGAAGGGUCACCUACUCACCUCUUUAAUUCUCUCCUUCACUCCCCUCACGCUUUAAAUUUGUUCUGACCGUUGCACUUCUCUCCCCCUGUGAAUCAAAGUAGCUGACUCUUCUUCCUUCACUUGGGAGUUUCGCAUUUUCAACACCAAUAAGCAAAGUACCCACUUCUUGCUCUUUUCUUAUUCCUUACGAAUCAGUAGUGUUUCAUUUCCAGCACCACUGUCUUCUGUAUGGUUUUGUUUGAUGAAAUUAACAUACCCAUUUCUCCGUAUGAUUUGGGUUGUUGAAAUUAUGCACCUUUCUUCUUCUUAUUGAUUUUUAUGUAGAUUUAUAGUUCUUAGUAAAUACCGAUUGCUUUCAAUUAUCAGAAACACAAAGUAUUUCCGGGUUUAGCUGCCAAAUGCUUGUUUGACUUUUUAUUGAUAAGAGUUCCAUCUUUGGAAGCUUUGUUGUGAAGAGUGGGAGAGGUAGAAAAAACAGUAAAAAAAUGGGAUGUACUACAUCCAAGGUGGAUAGUCAAGAAGCCGUCCAGCUUUGUAAAAAUAGGAAGAUGUUCAUUGAACAAGCAGUGGAAUAUAGAUCACGGUUUGCUUCUGGUCACAUUGCUUAUAUUGAGUCUAUGUUGAGAGUCUCUUCUGCCCUUCGAGAUUAUGUUGAUGGUGAAGGAUGUGAUAAGUUCUUGGUUGAUGCAUUCACAACCCCAACUUUUACACCAGUGAACAAAUUAAACUCGGGCUUCAUCUCCAUAUCAUCUAAAUCCUUCAACUUGAAAGCAUUGCAGUCUGGAAAAAGUUCCGCUUUGAAAGUUAAUUACUGCAAGUCCAGUGGGAGUCCAUCUGUCACCGUGGAGGAGAAACCUCAAUCACCUGAAACGCUCAGACUUAAGGCUUAUUUCCCUGUCCAUCAGAAUGGGAUGGAUAGCUUCUUUGCUAUGCAAUCUGUGCCGAUUAGUUCUUCAUUUUGUCAUUCCUCUCCCAACAACAGGCCCAAUUUCUCCUUGUGUUUACCCCACAGUACCCAGUGGGAUUCGUUCUGGGAUCCAUUUUCUUCACUUGAUUACUAUGGUUAUUCCGUGACAAGUAGUCUUGACCAGACCAUUUUGGGUGGAGAUAAUGGGUUAAGCAAUGUUCGAAAGGAAGAAGGCAUCUCUGGUGUAGAAGAUCAUAUUCGCUGUCUGGAAAAUCCAAAACAAAAGGCUGAAGUCCUUAAAAGCUGCGAUAAAGAAGUUUUGGUCGAAGAUGUGGAUAAUGACAGUGAGUGUAUUAAAAUUGAUUCCCACGACAUAGCCCAAGAUUUCCAACCCAAUGAGAAUAAUAAUAAAUCAGUGUCAAGUACCCAGAAUGACGGUCAACCCAAUUGCAAACAGACCACACUGGCUGAUUGUGAAGCAAAGAAGCACAUUCCAGGUUUUACCGUAUAUCUCAAAAAAGGACCAACAACUAUGGAAGAAGCAAUUGGGGAUCUUGAUGCGCAGUUUAGAAUUGCUUGUAAUGCAGCUGAAGCGGUGUCACUUAUGUUGGAGGCUACCAAGGCUCAAAGUUCAUCAAUUUCAAAUGAUCUUAUAUGUUUUGUUGUAGUCAUCAGUCAACCUUGGACAAAUUGCAACUCUGGGAGAAGAAACUUUAUGUGGAAGUCAGAGCAGCUGAACGUACACGGCUUGCAUAUGAAAAGAAGUGUGCGCAACUCAAAAAUCAAGAAGAGAACAAGGCUGGUCUUCCCUUGAUUAAUAAAACAAGAGCAGCUAUUGGGAUUUUGCUUGCUCAGAUUAAAGUUUCCAUGCAUACUGUUGAAACUAUUUCAGAAAGGAUUGAAACUUUGAGGGACGAAGAACUUCAGCCUCAGCUAUUACAAUUGGUGCAAGGGUUAGGUAAAAUGUGGAAGGUGAUGGCAGAUAGCCAUCAAUUGCAGAAAUGUACAAUAGAUGAAGCUAAAAUCAAACUCCAUGGUUCUAACAUACCAUCACAAGAAUCUUUAGUUAAGAAUUAUACAAAAGGUUCACCACCUUCUGAACCACACCAGCUGGACCGUUCAGUGGCUAACCUUGAGAGUGAGCUAAGAAACUGGCGUGCCUGCUUCGAGACAUGGAUUGUUUCUCAACGCUCAUACUUGCACGCGCUAGUAGGGUGGCUCUUAUGUUGUUUGAAUGCGAAUCCCAUAACACAAAAGCAACAAUUUUCUUCUCCUGGUUGCUCUGUGGGAGCCCUAACAAUACUCAACAUUUGUGUCCAAUGGUCAAAGCUUCUUGACUCCGUCAACGAAGUCCCAGUGCUCAAUGGAUUGGACUUCUUCAUCUCAGGCAUUGUUUCCCUAUAUCCGCAACAUCUGGGUAGAAGAGAUCCUAAUAGUAUGGUUGUUGAAGCUGGGAAACCUUGUGAGGAGGAGGCAUUGGCAGCAGAAAAGAUGGUUGAUGCUGCCAACGAUGUGGUUUGUUCAGGGAUGUCUGUAUCAGUCGGCGCACUAACAGAUUUUGCAACUAUUGUAGCACAAGGAUAUGCUGACCUGCUCACGAAUUGGGAGGUAAAAUAUGAAUGUGAUGAAAGCACAACUACUAAGGGAGUGUAACUCAUUGUGGUGUUAUCUAUUUUAUUUAUUGUUUGGAUAGUUAGCAUUAAUAUCCUCAUUACUUGGUGAUCAAUUUCUUGUUUUUGAAGAAUGCAUAAAGCGAUGGGAUAUUAAGGAUUUUACUAUAUUGAUGGCUUUUUGUUAAGAAAAGAUCGCAUAAACGAGUAGUUUGUAACCGUGUAUACUAGUAAUAAUGAAAUGCAAUAAAUAAAUAUUAGUACUUGUAAAUAA